CCCGGCGGCGGCGCGGGGCUCGCUCCUCCCCCGCGCCCUCAGCCAUUUUAGCAGCCGGCACCGCCGCCGGUAGCGCUGCGAUCGCCGGCAGCGCCGGGGCCGGGCGCGAUUUUUUUGUGAGUUUAUCAACCUUCUUACCCAGAAACAUUUGAAUUGCAGUUGUGUUCAAGAUCUAAUCCACACUGAAAAAAUAUCAGUCAUCACUGUGAGAUCCCUUGUGUCCACUGUUGGCUCUCAAAGGUUACUAAAAUUUUGCAGCUGCUCUGAAUCAGCACUUCCUAAGCUUCACCUACUGUUGCUUCUCCCUACACCACUCUGCACUGCUGCCUUGCUCUUGUCUGCUUCAGAACUCCAUAAGAGAGUUUCUCUUUUAAAUACCCACAAUGAAAUUUAGGCUAGAAAUGUGUGCCAUUCUCUUGCUGCCUGUGUACUUGUUAAUCUGGUUGUACAGUAUGCUGGUAUUUAUUCCCUGGUAUUUUCUUACCAAUGCCAAGAAGAAAAAGGCUAUGGCAAAGCGGUUAAAAGCUAAACCCAUCUCGGACAAGCCAGGGAGCCCCUACCGCUCUGUCACUCACCUGGACUCACUAGCAAACAUAAACAUCCCUGGAGCAGACACACUGGACAAGCUCUUUGACCAUGCUUUAGCAAAGUUUGGGAAGAAGGACUGUCUUGGAACCAGGGAAAUUCUGAGUGAAGAAAAUGAAAUGCAACCAAAUGGAAAAGUAUUCAAGAAGUUAAUUCUAGGAACUUACAGAUGGCUAUCCUAUGAAGAAGUAAACGAGAAAAUUACUCGCCUGGGGAAUGGACUGACUGCCCUGGGACUAACCCCGAAAAGCACAGUGGUCAUCUUCUGUGAAACCCGAGCUGAGUGGAUGAUUGUAGCUCUCACCUGCUUCAAGUACAACUUCCCUCUUGUCACUCUCUAUGCCACGCUGGGGGAAGAGGCAGUGACCUAUGGUCUCAACGAGUGUGGAGCAUCAUAUCUGGUCACGAGUGUGGAACUCCUUGAGAGCAAACUUAAGACUGCACUGCCACAAGUCUCCUGUCUGAAACGUAUCAUUUAUGUGGACAAGAAGACUGUCAAUAAAUCAGAAUACCCUGAAAAUGUGGAGAUUCAUAGCAUGCAGGCAGUAGAAGAGCUGGGAGCUAAACCAGAAAACUCAAGCAUUCUGCCAAGCAGACCUGUUCCUACAGAUUUGGCUUUAGUAAUGUACACCAGUGGCUCUACUGGGAGACCCAAAGGAGUGAUGAUGAUGCAUAAAAACUUAAUAGCUGGAAUGACAGGACAGUGUGAGAGAAUACCUGGAUUGGGACCCAAGGACACUUAUAUUGGUUAUUUGCCUCUGGCCCAUGUGUUAGAACUGACAGCAGAAGUUUCCUGCAUCACUUACGGCUGCAGGAUCGGUUACUCCUCUCCUCUCACUCUCUCAGAUCAGUCAAGUAAAAUUAAGAAGGGAAGCAAAGGAGACUGUACUGUACUUAAGCCUACACUGAUGGCAGCUGUGCCUGAAAUAAUGGACAGAAUUUACAAAAAUGUCAUGAGUAAAGUUCAAGAGAUGAACUAUAUCCAGAGAACUCUGUUCAAGAUAGGCUAUGACUACAAAUUGGAGCAGAUCAAGAGGGGAUAUGAUGCACCUCUGUGUAACAUACUUUUGUUUAAAAAAGUAAAGGCCCUGCUGGGAGGGAAUGUCCGAAUGAUGCUUUCUGGAGGAGCACCACUCUCGCCUCAAACACAAAGAUUCAUGAACAUCUGUUUCUGCUGUCCUGUUGGUCAAGGCUAUGGACUGACAGAAACAUGUGGAGCUGGAACCAUUACAGAAGUUGCUGAUUAUAGCACUGGCAGAGUUGGAGCUCCUCUUAUUUGUUGUGAAAUAAAACUAAGAGACUGGCAAGAAGGAGGCUAUACUAAUAAAGACAAGCCUAAUCCUAGAGGAGAAAUUAUAAUUGGUGGACCCAACGUCUCCAUGGGAUAUUUUAAAAAUGAAGAGAAGACAACAGAAGAGUUUUCUGUUGAUGAGAAUGGCCAGAGAUGGUUCUGUACAGGAGAUAUUGGGGAAUUUCAUCCAGAUGGGUGUCUGCAGAUCAUAGAUCGUAAGAAGGACUUGGUAAAGCUACAAGCAGGAGAAUAUGUAUCUCUGGGCAAAGUUGAGGCAGCACUGAAGAACUGCCCAUUGAUUGACAAUAUCUGUGCUUAUGCCAAAAGUGACCAGUCCUACGUGAUCAGUUUUGUGGUCCCUAACCAGAAGAAGCUGACAGCACUGGCUGAGCAGAAAGGCAUCAGUGGAAGCUGGGUGGAUAUUUGUAACAAUCCUACAAUGGAAGCAGAAAUACUGCAAGAGAUUAAAGAAGUGGCAAACAAGAUGAAAUUAGAAAGGUUUGAAAUCCCCAUCAAGGUGCGGUUAAGCCCUGAGCCCUGGACCCCUGAGACUGGGCUGGUAACAGAUGCUUUCAAGCUGAAAAGGAAAGAACUGAAAAACCAUUACCUCAACGACAUUGAGAGAAUGUAUGGAGGCAAAUAACAGCUCUGCUGCCCUGGCAGCUGGUUCCUUCUCAUGCCUCAGUUUUGGAUGUCUGUGUGUACUGUAGAUAUCACACGUUCAAAAAAACCCCACCAAAUGGACAACUGUUUCUAUAAUCUCUAUCAAGUAAAACAGAGAAUAUCUUAGACUCCAAAUUCUUAAUUGUUAGCAGAUUAGACACUGAUGGUCUUCAUAGAGUUUUGUGUGAUCAUCUCCAGUUUUGAGACAGACAUCAUUAUGCGAAGCAGUGUGACCAGGUAAUUUUGUUGUUUCUCUAGCACAUUCAGACUGCUUACAACUUCUCUUUAACUUGUGCUGAAGUCUGGCCUAUAUCUCAAAGAGGGAAAAAUAAUGUAAUUUUGGUGAUUAUUCUGUCAUAAUAAGACACUUGUAAUAAGAUACUUCCCUCUAGCAAGAAGGGAAAAGGAGUAUCUAAUGUCUACCCUUCUCUAUUUAAAAACAAAACCAAGACAACAGCAGUAGUCAAGAACUUGCUAGAGAUUACUAAUAAUGCACUGCUUGAAAAUGGAUGGACUCUUCUGCACAUCAAUAUCUUGAAUAUUUACAGUGCCUACAAAAGAAUAGAAAGUACACUUACUGAAAUAAAGGUGAACUGAAAAGCUUUCUAAAAACAAGUUAUAAGAAAUUUCACUCAAGAGCAUUGAAUUAACUAUUUCAACUUCCAACUCACCAAACAGGUUUUUAAUUGCCACUGCAUUUUAAUUCAAGCAGAGCUUUCCACUGGACACGGAGUGUAAAAGAAAACAAAGACUUGCACAGCUCUGGGGGUGCUGAUGAGAAAUCAGUGCCUGAAUGCAGAACCUGCAUCUGGACUGGCAAACAGCUGUGAAACUGAUAGGCAGUGGUCUCUAAACAGACUUGAAACUCAGAGGAGUUUUGUUGGGUUUUUUUGAGAGGUGGUUGAUGUUUUCAGGGCAAUGAUUCUCUAGACCUUCACAUACAUGUGAGUACUGGAUGUAACUUAAGAGGAUCAGGUUUUAAAUGUCUGCAUUCCUUUAUGGAAGGUAUUUCUGUUCACCUUUUAACUGUGGUAAGCAUGAUAAGGCAUCCAGAAACCAACAGGAGUUUCCCUGUCUGGUCUUGUUUUACUUACAGAAAAGUAGUCUGUGGCCAGGGAACGUUUGUUUCCUGGAAACUUGUAAAAAGGGACAAAUCACUCUACAGAAAUUAAUUAUAAAAAUGUUUUCUUAUUAACUGGAAGUCAUAGAAGUGAAGAAGGAGAAAGAUAUAAUUUAAUAAUAGAUCACCAUUUUGUGUGCCGAAUCCUGUACUGUGUCUCCUUUUGAAUUGUAACUGAACUCCUGCAUCCCUCUCAGCUCUUCACACUUGAACCAUAAGUGCUGUAAAAUGGAGGCUCUUGAUACUGUUCUACUUUGCACUUUCUUAAUAAUUUUAUAUAUGUUGCUUACAUUUUGUACAGCUGUGGCCCUCAACUGCUCUAUAUUGCAAAUUCAUUUGAAAGUAUUUAUAGAUUUCUAUUCAUAACAUUUGUGUUGUGUAUAUGAUGGUUAAAAAAAUUAUUUGGUAUCAUCACUGUACAGAAAGUAAAAGAUUUUGUACAUUGCUUCUCUUGAACACACGAGCUUGCAAUUUCAGGACAAGUUUUUCUUUUCCUGCAUGUAUAUGUAUGUUUCUUUUCCAGUUAAAAUAGACUCUGUCAAAAUUAAAUGAUGGCUCUAUGCUUCUGAAGUAAAGCAUCCCUUCUCCUGUGGACCAACUUCAAACUUCACCAUGCAUAACUUUUUCUGCUAGUGCAGAACACUGCCAGCUGACCUUCCAAGAACCCCAAGAGAAAGAGAGAAAGGAAAUCUGGUAUACAAAGGUGCUGGUAUCCAGUUGUGCAUGGAACUACAAGAGUCACUAAAAGAAACAAGGAAAUAGCUUAUCUAAAUUUUUUUUUUUUUAAGAUACACAUGGUUGUUUUUUGACAACAGGGAAUAUUUCCCAUAUCAGUAGCAACUUUUAAAAUUACUUGGUUCUGGAGUCAUGUUUUAAAACUGGUCUCUAUUCAGUAGCCUUUAGUCAGCCUAAUAGUAUCACAAAAGUGAAAUACAUGUAAGAAAGAUACUUACACUUGAGUCUGUCAGCAGGUUCUAAGACUAUUUUUUUUAAACCAUGAAUGUAUUUAUAUGAAGUGUAUUUUAUCUUCUGUGUCUUGGUUGACUGAGGAUUGCUAUUUUCAAAAUAUAUGUACACACAUAACACAUUGUUAACAUUUCAAAAGUGGAAUACAACUUAAAUGGUUCAACAAGUUUGUGUUUUGGGAAGAUCUUUAUAUUGUUCCCAUUCCGUGCCUCACAUUCUGUCUAAAACUGAGUCUCUCUCACAAAGCAGCAGCAUUGAGUCCAUACUUCAGGUAAUGAAAAACCAGGCCUGGUUUUCUUGUAAGGAAUGAACUAGAGGUGAAUGUACUGCAGAAUGCAGUUUGCUACAUCAUCAGCUCUUCAAGCACCUUUGAGGAAGGGGAAGGAUUACAUCAGGCUGCCUUCAAAUAGGGGGAUUAUUUGCAAAUACCUUGGGAGUUGGGCAAGAACUUUAUCCUUCAUUUUAAUGAAUUCUAAAUCCUUUUUGUGACAGAGCUUGUGGAGAAGAAACAGAAUGAGCAAGAAUGUUUAAUUUUUGCAUUAAAAAGAAAGAACUAGGAUGCAGAUGAAGAGAUAGUAAAUAAUUUCAAAAUCAUUAUGUGAUAGUUACAAAUGCUUUUUAUCUUGUGCUGGGCUGAAAUUUGAGAGAGAGGUUAAUGUACUACUGAGGGUUCCAGAAUGCUGGAAGUUCUUCAGAAAGCAGGUUAAGAAUUUUUAAAUCGUCCUUAGAAGACUGAAGAAACAAGUUCAAAGAGCAAUAAAAUGCAGUUUGGGUAUAUCUGGUGUAAGAUUAUAUUUAGGCCCUCUACCUAAAAAGGCAUGGUGUGUCUAGAGAAAGGCAGAGUGUAACUGCCACACCAGGGCCACUAGAAAGCUUCAGCUGUGAGGGAAGAUUGGAGUUGUUUAGCUGCCCUGAGGAGGAAUGGCAAAUGCCACUAGAUGAUUAACCUGCAACUCUGUGCAGUUACCCUGACAAAGGCACAAAGAGCUGGCCCCAGGGAAGGAGAAAGAACAGGGUCUAAGUUUGCUCAAACUGAAUUGGUAAUUUGGCAUUUCAAGAGAAACAUGGGAUUCAAAACCAAUUCUUUACUAAAUACUGACCUAGUUGCCCAAGAUUUCUGCCACUGAAAAUCUUCAGAGCCUCGGAGUCAAUGACAGUUCAGCAAAGCCUUUGAGGAACAGCCUUGGCACAGACCCCUUGGUGGGGCUGGCAGGGACUGGUCCUGCACAUGACACAACAGGAAUGCUGCCUGUAACAGGCAGAUGUCAUAAGUGCCUUGAAAGGGUUAAAAAUAAAAAGGCUGAACAGGGAGAGGAAGGAGUUACUCCCUCAGGAGCAGGUGAGGUGGUGUUUAACCACCCCAUGCAAUCACAGUGCCCUUGACAACACUCAGAGAAUAACCUGCAGGGGCUGCCUGCCAGCUCCCCAGCAUGAACUGCACUUCCCAGCACACUGGCAGGCUCUAAAAGGAACAGAACAUCAGUUCAGAAUGUGGGUCACAUUUUCACUAGCAAAAAAAAUGAAAAAACAAAAAAACCCCAACCAUAUCUACCACAUCUCAGAACAAUAGUUUCAAAUAACUUGUAUUCUAACAAUAAAUUAGUGUUGUUCUGCAAUUACAUGCAAAACAAGAAAUAAAUUCUCAUUAUACAUUUG